AUGACUAACGCCGUAAUGGCACAUCAACGUUACUUCGACAACCCGCUUUUAUCUUGUUUUAUCCCCAGCGAUAAAUAUAAUAUAUCCUUUUAUCCACAUCAAUAAGAAGUGUAUCCUGUCAAUUAUUGCGUGUAUUUGGUGAAUAGUUUUAGUAGUUAUGUUGAAAUUUUUGGUUUAUAUGUUGUUGGCGUCGACGUGUGUACAAUAUGCCAAGGCGAUUCAGUGCUACGAGUGCACCAGCGUGAACAACUCCAUGUGCCUGGACCCCACCAUCUAUGACAAGGACACUCUUCAGAAGUUCAUGGCCCUCACCGACUGUGGUCGCCAUGGAAACCAAGAGUACUUCUGCAGGAAAAUCAUUCAAACCAUUCUCCGUAAGGGCCAUGACUCGGAGGUGCGUGUGCACCGCGGCUGCGGCUGGGUGCGCUCGCGCAGGGACUGCUACAAGGCGGACAACGAGGACCAUCUAGAGACAGUGUGCCAGUGUUUCGAUGAUGGCUGCAACGCCGCGAAUUCUGUGGCAGCGGGGUGGACAAUCUUGGUUGCCAGUGUAACUACCAUUUUGAAUAAAAUGCGCUAAAUUGUU